AUGCGGGCGGGCGGUGGGGAAAGUGGAAGACGCUACUCGCAGCGAACCGCCGCCGCCGCUUCCGAGGCCUCACCAAAAUGGCCGCCGCCGUCUCGGCCGCCACCACCAACACCACCGCCACCACCACAGCUCACUAUCGCUACCGCCGGCGCGGCCCGUCCUCUCGCGAGAAGCAGUAA